GUGCGAGAAAGUGUGAUGCGGCGAAGCGCGAUACUUGACAGGAACUCUUGCAACACUGCAGCCUGCCAUCGUUCUCCCUCACACCUUCUCCUAUAUCCACAUCCCUCAUCGAACACAAUGUCGGCAACUACACACCAAAAAACUCCAGCCGCAGCCGUAUCAACCCAGAAGAAGAGAAAACUUGCUCUUGUGAAAUGUGAGAGAUGCCGGCUCGACAAACAAAAGUGUCUUCCCGUUGAGCGAACCUGGCCGGAAAAAUGUGACCGCUGUACUGCAAAAGAUUUUGAAUGUUCUGAGGGUCAACGAGUCCACCGUAAAUCGAAGCACAGCACUAUCACACCUUCCGAUCAACCAGUGGCGACCAAUCUUUCAACUAGUAUACCAAAUUCAUCUUCCAAUGAUUUACUCGAGAAGUUGAGACUGAGAAGAGAUUUGAUGAGCUAUCAAGACAUGUUCAACAUGGCAAUGAGAUGCCUGAAACAACUCAAAACCGAACUUAUCAGCCCGUUUGUCAACACAUAUGACGAUGAUGGAGUCGAUUUUGAGGACAUCUUUUCUAGAACUGCCUGCGGUCGAUUCGAGACAUUUUUAGAUGCCUUGGAAUCAAAAAUCCACAAUAUCACGCUCAACUUGCUCACCACCAACGCUAGCCCGACAAGUGCCCUCUCUGCCACGAUUGUGCAGGAAUUGAUCGGACAAACUACACCGAGAAUCGCCUGGCAAGCCGAGUGCUCCAUAUGCCAUGGUAAAGAGGAUCAGGUCUAUAUUCCGUACUUGAAAGCUACCAACCAUAUUUGUGGUGAAUAUCUGCUGAGACUAGAUCGGCUGGCGCAACACUUCAACGAACGGGAACACUGGAAUGACAUUGAAAAUUUCGAGGAGCUUCUAGAAGACGAGCUAUUCUUGAUUUGGGACUUGAUGAUAAAAAUCAAGUUCAAGAUUAAAACGGACAUGAAGAGUAUAGAUCUCGACAAGAUGAUGCCGGAUAUCUUACAGUCAUUUUGGUGCUUUGUGCCCACUGAUAUGGUUCGUCCAAUGGCAUCCAUUCAUAUGUUUAUAACAGAUUGUUUGGGACGAACGGGGUUACAUCAAUGUUUGGAUACUAUACAAGUACCAAAUGACGAAGACGAGCGGCUUCUGAGCGAUAUGAUCUGGAAGAACGGGGCUCCCGAUGAGGCACUCAUCAACGAAUGGGAUAUACUCGGACGCACCGCUUUACACAUCGCCUGUCACAAUGGAUGGAUUUCGAUUGCUCAAAUUCUGAUCCGGAACCAUGCGGAUAUAAUGCUGAGGACAGUGUGCGGGAGUCUGCCUCUGCAUUACGCAGCUUCAAACGGAUCCGUCGCUAUUUGCGAGAUGUUGCUUAGCUCCCACAGUGUUUUCUCAACCUUGGCGGUUUCAAGACUGGAAGAUGAUAAUGGCGGAGAUCCUUUGUAUUACGCCAUUGUCAAGAAAUCCUGGGAGGUCAUACGGUGUUUUGUGAAACAACAUUAUCCGGUAGCAUUACGGCACGUCUCACUGGCAGUUGUUUCAGACGACAUUGUCCUUUUGCAAAUGCUGCUCAAAGGCUCCUCUGCAAUGUACACGGAACUUCGUGAUCUCCUUAUCGGUGGGCGACUGGUGAAAAACCCUGCAAUGUGGUCACUCAUCAAUUCUCAUUACGGUUAUCAGUACACAGAUGGUCCUGUUUGGCUACCACCCAGCGAAAGUUAUUGA